CUCCUUCCAGGCUCGUGCUGAUGCCGACGUUCUCGAGCUUGACAUCAAGAUGGAAGAGUCCUCUGAUUGACAAAGACACACAAUGCCAUAAUGUGUGUCGGGUAGUGUGUGUCGGGUGGUGCGGGUAUUUGGGUGGCCUACAGCCGGUGCAUGUGCGAUGUGCCGCACAGGACGCUGCAGCUGAUUAUGAUGACCUCAUCCAUGCCUAUGGGCACCCCCAGACGCAGCCUGAACGCCACACCACACCACCACACAAAGAUAGCUGUGUGUGUGUGCGUGUGUCUGUGUGGGUGGCGGGGGGGGGUUAUGUGUUGGUACCUGUCUUCGAGGAAGCGGAGGAGGUCUUUGCCGAGCACGAACUCGCCAAUGAGGAAGGCGUGGUCUGCUUUCCAGGCCAUGGCGUAGGAGUGAGCGGUCCAUGGAGACAUGGACCGCCGCUGGGCAGUGAACUCCUCCUUCGCCUACUCACACACACACAUACACACACACACACACACACACACUUACACACUGUAUGUAAGCUUGCGUGGCUCGCCCCCCGUGCAGCCAGUCAGUGGGUACCUCACUCACCCGUUGGAUGAGGUAUGGUGUGUGGUUCAGGUACUGAGCCUUGCUGAGCAGCUUGACCACAACCACGUCGCAGCAGUCAUGCCACACCUCGUCGACGGCCACCUCCGUGCCGUCGACACUCCACUUUGUCUCCUGCGGAGUGCUGACGCCAACAUUCUCAGUCUUCGACAAAGACACACAAUGCCAUGUUGAGUGUCGGAUUGCGUCAGGAUUUGAGUGGCCUACAGGGUGCGGUACAUGUGCUGUCUUGCGCACAGGACGCUGAAGUGGAUCGUCGUGACCUCCUCCAUGUCCAGUGGCCCACCAAGGCGCAACCUGAACACCGCACAACAGACAGAUAGCUGUGGGGGGGAGGGGGGGGGGUAUGUGAUGUGUGUGAAGGGAGUCAUUGAUAUCCUUGUCGAGGACGAACUCAACAACGAGGAAGGCAUGGUCCUUAUUGUGGUCCAACGCGUUCGCAUGCGAAGUCCACGGACACGGGCCCGUCGCUGUGUCGUCAACUCCUCCUUCGCCUACUCACAUACACAUACACACAUGUACGUCUCAUUCGGACGAUAGAGGCUGGUGAUUAGGGAGUAUGAGUAGCUUACCGAUCAAGCAAAAUGCCGUGGGUUGUGCAAUGGUCGCGGCGAUAGGAUGAGACAUGCGAAUAUAAGAUGUAGGCGGCGAUGUAUAGGCUGAGACACACCCCCAAAACAAUCGGCAGGAAAAUAUCAGAACGUGUCUCGCGUACUUGUGAGUGUAGUCGCUCAGCGGACCUACCGAUAAUGCGCCGGUCACUGGCUGUGCUCUUCAGGUGGUUGCGGCGAGGAAUGGGACAUGCGAAUAUAAAAUGUAGGCGGCGAUUCGUGGGCUGAGACACACAUCCAAAACGAUCGGCGGGAGUGCUGCUGCCCCUGCUGGUGUCUAGGAGGGACCUCUGCUGGUGUCUGGAAAGCGGGCGGAGGCAGGGAGAUUUCGCCAUAGUUGGGCUCGACGGUGAGCCAGUGCAGGGCUCCCUGCUGGCCGGGGAGUCGGGACUGCUGCUCGAGGAAGUUGAUACACAUGUGAUGCAGCGCAGCGUCCUCCGACGAUCGCUGGUCGCACGCACGAUGGAAAAUCUCACACAACACCUGAACACACACAUACACACACACCCGAUGAACACACGUUUGCAGGCACCCGCUCACCCAUUCACCUACCUUGUCGGGCGUCGGACGAUUGGCGGGAUUGACCUGCAGGAGGCGUCGCGCGAACCCCAUGAGGGCCCUGAACGCCGGCAGCUCAGCUACCUCCUUGCACUGCGUCAUCACCGUCUGGAUCUCCUUAUCCACCACGGACUGGAUGUACUGGUCCGACAGCUCCCGAUGCAUGGAGAGGUGGUCGUCCAAGUCCAACCCCAACAAUUGAUUCUGACGGACCACACACACACACACACACAUACAUCCAUGCGCACACAGAGAGGUGAGGUGUGGCGGUCUGCGUUUGGUAUGGCGUGCACAUGCGUACCAAGUUGAAUCGACCGAGUUCUAUGAGGUCUGGUCUGUCGUCGAUGAACUUGGUCCACGCGAGGAGGUCCAGGAGGGUGAACCCGAGGGCCCACGCGUCGCCCUUGGCCGGCAGCUCUGCCCCGGUCCGCGACUCGGGCGCCAUCAUGCCUGGGAUGCCACAGAUGAGUGGAUUCUUGCUGCACAGACACAGACAGAGGGAACGGGUGAGUGUGUGUGUGUGUGUGGGGUUGUGGUCAUGUGUGGUUGUGCGAAUCACACUCACUUGAGCUUGUCACAUUUGGACCCGCCGUAGUCGAUGAUCUUGGCGCCCGCCACACGCGGAUAACGUACGGCCCUGCCGUCCUGGUCGGGCUUGGUGUCCAUCGCCUCUUCGAUGAGUAGGUUCUCGGCCUUGAAAUCGCGGUGGUAGCUAGAGCUGAGAGACGCAGACACAAACAAUGUGACGUGUGUGGUGUGGCGGGUGUGUAUGUGUCUAUGUGUUUGUCUUGCGUACUGGUUGCGAUGCAUGUUGUCUAAGGCGAAGGCGCUGCUAAGGAACACAUCGAAACACUCCUGCACGGCCAGUGGGCACCACAGGGCCAGCCUGGGAGCACACCCAAACAACACACACACACACAAGACACACGCACAGACAUAUGUCACGUGUGUGUAUGGGUCUGUCUGUAUGUGCGCACCUCCGCUUGAUGAAGAGCCCGAGAUGUUGUCCCAUCACGUAGUCCAUCACUAUGAAGGCGUGUGUGUUGGUGGGGUACAUCUGGUGGGCUGUCGGGGUCCACGGGCUCCUCACCCACCUCAUGACGGUGUACUCGUUGCGAGCCUGACAAACAUGAACCGACAGACGGAUGUGUACCCCGCUUCCACACCCAUGCAAUGCAGUCGCUGACCCGCUGGGUCAGGUAGGCGAUGGAGUCCUCGUACGUUUCUUUCGCCAGUGCCUUCACAGCCACGACCGGGAGGUUCUUCCACGGCACUGUCGACGACGGGGCGUCGGGUCGUCUUACGAACAACUGCAGGAAGCCGUAGCCGCCCUCACCGAGGACCUUCUGCAACACCACACACCGCAGACGGUCACGCAUUGCACGUGUUGAGUUCAU